AUGGCGGAACCUGUUGUUGCCGCUGUUGCCGUCGGCGUGCUUGUCAAGCUAUGCGAGGAAGCGGUGGAGCGCAUUCUGCCGAUCAUUGUGGACGCCGCUGCCAAAUUUGGUCAAGAAAGAACAGAAGGUUUGCACGACCGAGUUGACAGCAUAGCCAAAAUCCUGAAGGAAUUUCAGAACCUGAAUCGCGUCGACGAGGCAGGCGAGGUCAAGGAAAGGCUGGAACAGGUGGUGGCCAGGGUGGUGGCGUUGGAGGCAAAGCUAAAGGAGGCAAGGGAGGAGGCAGUGAAGUGGGACAAGAAAUCAGCGCUGAAGAAGCUUCUGAAGAAAGAUCCGAGAAAGCAUCGAUUCAAAGACAUUGACAGAGAUCUCAUAUUUGCCUUCACCGAGCUGACGCAUGCAAGAGUUGCAUACUUGGAGGCCAAAGUGGAAGGUUUGGAGAGUGGCCAGAGAUCAACAACUGCACAGAUCAAAACUCUUUUGACAGAGUAUGAGACCACUGGCAAGACAGCUCAGAUUGCGCAGCUCUUUGACGAUGACCACGUGAUGGAAAGUGCUGCACAGUCAUGCGAAACCGAAGGAGAUGCACAGCUGUUGAGGUACAACAAGAGGCUGAUGACGUUUCUCAAGGAUCAGCUAGAGCCAGUCAGAAAGCUGUUGUCUGAACCCCUCGUUCGUCCAGUGUGCAUUUCGGAGGCAACCUGGCAUCAAUCGAUGGACUUGGUGAAGAAAGAAUUGGCAAGAGGGGAUUUGUUGAUUGACCGCCAUCGAGUUCAAUUCUGCUUGAAGACCUUCUACAGUACUGCUGAUGCGAAACGGGCUGUUGAACGGAUCUGCGGCACCCUGAAGGCAAUUGUUGGAGGAUGGGCGAAAGACAUUCGAGAACAGCGGGAGGUCCACAUUGAGGAGAAAGCCAAUGAUACAGAUUAUGAGGCAGAUCAGGAAGAUCUAUGUAACAAGCUGGCCUGGAUUCUCAAUGGUGCCCCUUUUGACUUUGAAGCGGCACAACUGGCAGAGUGGGAAAAUGUCAGAAAACAGCAUGAAGAAAGAAUGAAGCGCUUGAAGCUUGUGAAGGAAGACGUAAUAGUCUGGCAGAAGAAGGUCGCUGAGGGGACGUGGGAAGCGACGUAUUGUGGCCAGAAAGUGACAGUGAAAUGGCUGGACUCUGACAGCCCUUCAGCCCCAACCGAGGGGGAAGAUCUUGACAUUAUUAGUUUUGCCAAGCUCCUGGCAGAAAUCAUGAAAAGGGAGGAUCUGAACACGCCUUACGUGGCCCCGAUCUACGGAGUAACCAAGUCAGGACGGCUGGUGUUUGGGCGCAGCGAUACCAGCCUCAGGCAGUGGCUUCGGCAAGAUCGGCGCAUCGGAUGGCCGUCGAAGACGAAGGUGCUGCUGGAAGCAGCACUGGGGUUAGAAUUUGUGCAUGAGCAUGACUGCGUUCACAGCAUUGUGAACAGUGAGAGUUUCCUCAUGUUCGACAACAGCACAGUGAAGAUCGCCGACUUCAGCUGCGCCCUUGACAAAGAAGACGUGAAAACGCUGUCCGCAAGGAGCCUGAAUAGACCAGUGAGAUACAUUGCGCCUGAGAUCUUCGAGGGGCGCCGGCACAGCUCGCAGUCUGACACAUAUAGCUUCGGGGUGGUGAUGCACGAGGUGGCUUCUGGGCAGACACCCUAUGGGGUGACAGCCAGCGACAAUGAGAUCAUGGCAGCGAAGCUCAGCGGCCAGGCCCCGUGCAUCGUCCCCAGCGACUGCCCUCCAGGGCUAGCGAGUCUGAUGCAGGAGUGCUGCUCUUUGCACCCUACAGCACGACCAACCAUGCAGAUGGUGCGCCUGCAGCUGGAUGCAGCAGCGAAGUAA